CCCGCCAGACCGGAAGCGCCGCGCCCGACCCGGAUCGUUCGAGUUGGAACCCGGGUGCAGCCAAGAUGCCGGCCUACCACUCUUCUCUUAUGGACCCUGACACCAAACUCAUUGGGAACAUGGCUCUGCUGCCCAUCAGGAGUCAGUUCAAAGGACCCGCCCCAAGAGAGACAAAAGAUACAGAUAUCGUCGAUGAAGCCAUCUAUUACUUCAAGGCCAAUGUCUUCUUUAAAAACUAUGAAAUCAAGAACGAAGCUGAUAGAACCUUAAUAUAUAUUACUCUCUACAUUUCUGAGUGCCUGAAGAAACUUCAGAAGUGCAAUUCCAAAAGCCAAGGCGAGAAAGAAAUGUACACCUUGGGAAUAACUAAUUUCCCCAUUCCUGGAGAGCCCGGCUUCCCACUGAAUGCAAUUUAUGCCAAACCAGCGAACAAACAAGAAGAUGAAGUGAUGAGGGCCUACCUACAGCAGCUAAGGCAAGAAACAGGACUGCGACUUUGUGAGAAAGUUUUUGACCCUCAGAAUGAUAAACCAAGUAAGUGGUGGACUUGCUUUGUGAAGAGACAGUUCAUGAACAAGAGUCUUUCAGGACCUGGUCAGUAAAGGGAACAUGGCAGGCACCGUCUCCAUAGUCUGAACAGCAUUUUACAGCAAGAUGGACACAGUUCUUUGCCUUUAUCUCGCCAAGUUUUAUACAGAAGAGAGCAUGUCUUUACUUGAAAAAAAAAUCUCUUUAUUCAGAAUUGGGGAGGGGGAAUAGAUUGUCAAAGAUUGAUUUUGACAUUUUCUGCAUUAUUAAGCUGGUGCUUAAUAAAGGGUAAUAAAGAAAUUUCUAACA